AUGAACUUUGCUUCAUACAGAUGGAUGAUCAAAGCAUCCAGCUACGUCUGUUGAACGCAGAUGAAGAGGCACAACAGGCCUCUUCGACGAACCUCUCCCGUACGAGGCUUGCCAGUUGGGCAUGGGAAACAGGCGGGAUCAUCCUAUCGGCCGCGCUGAUUGUGACUCUCGUCGUCCUCCUGCGCUACUAUGAUGGCCGCCGCGAGCCCGCAUGGGAGCACAUGUCGCUCAACACACUCAUCGCGUGGUUGAGCACCAUCACCAAGGCAUGUGUCCUGUUUUCGGCCAGCCAGGGACUCGGGCAGCUGAAAUGGGCGUGGUUCUCGACGCAGAAGCGCCCGCUGGACGAUCUGGGCGGCUUUGACGCUGCUAGCCGGGGCGUUCUAGGUGGUCUCGCCCUUAUAUUCCGGGUGCGAGGGAGGCACUUUGCUGUUGUCGGCAGCCUCGCCAUAGUGCUGGCCGUCGGCUUCGAUCCGUUUGUGCAGAACUUGGUGCACUAUGUCCCUCGCAGCGUGGUGGAUGCAUCGCAGUCGUGUCUUCUGGGCAACACAUCAAUGUACAACACUGUCGGGCCAUUGAUGGGUGGAGAUUUAUCUUAUGUGGACCCCGUUCUCAAGGCCAAUGUCUACAACUCCCUGUUCAAUCCGAGCUCCAGCCAAACCUGGGCCACGCCGCAGAAUACCUGCUCGACGGGCAAUUGUGUCUGGGAGCCAUCCGCCAACCUCGCCGUGCGUGCGCUUUGUUCCAACGUCACAUCAUAUCUAGAGCGAAGCUAUACAUAUGUAUCGAACGGCUCAUAUGUCAAAUGCACCGUCACCCUCGGUAGCAACGGCACUCUCUCGACCCAGUACCUCUCAACAGGCAGCGGUGCGCAGCCCAUGGUGGUCACCACCGUGGAGAGUGAGUCGGCGCUGGUGUACCAGAACGCCAGCCUCCCCGUUGUGCAGUACAUCCUUGCCAGGGGGUCCAACGACGGUACAAACGGCGGCGGCGGGAUUGCCACGGACAUCAACAACGGCACGCAGUUCAUCGCCACCGAGUGUGCUCUGGAGCCCCUUGUGCGCAGCGUGCAGGCCUCUGUUUCCCAGGGCGUUUACCAGGAGACCCUACUCGCCGAUUGGGCGACAGUCAACACGACGGCGCCGAUGGACGCGGGUUACAGUGACUUCCGGGUCGCUUUCAGCCCUGGAUGGAAGAAUUCCAGCGGCCUGGGCCUGAACUCGCCUGGAGAGCUGUUCGCCCUUGGCUUCGAAGCCUGGGACUCCAUGAUAGUGUUCUUUGAGGCGCUUUUUGAAGGCUUCGUGAGCGCUGGCUCGGAUGUUUUCGAGUUUGAGCCCUCUGGAGCGGACUCGUACGCCACGACAGAUGCCCUCGAGGCCAUCUUCUACGGUAACUUCAGCAGCAGCUGUGCUGUGGACGACCAGUUGACCUGCGCCAUGGAAAAUGUGGCGACGGCGAUCUCCAAGACGAUUCGUGAUUCGGCGUUUACCAGUGGUGAGGAAUCUGACGUUGCAACCACAGUCAACACCAAUAUCACCAUGGGACACACGAUGACGACUGUCUCCUUUGUAGCCGUCCACUGGCAAUGGCUGCUUCUACCUUUAUUCGUCUGGCUACUGGCCACCGUGUCCUGGAUCGGUGCAGUGUGGAAGAGUGGCCCCCAGAUCCCGGUGUGGAAAAAUGAUAUCCUGCCGCUGCUCUUUCUCUAUCGUCCGGCCGAUAGGGUCGAGAUGGUUGGCAAGGACAUUCCUGUGAGCUUUCGACAGGAGACUCGGGUCAGGCUUAACCAGGGGCAUCUAAUCAAUACAUAGCAGGUAUAUCAAAGAUAAUCAAAGAUAUAUCAAUGAGAUAUAUACUUGAAAGAGUGAC